GGUGAGAGAUGGUUAAAGAAAGAUGAAGAGAAUAGGAAGAGAAAUGUGAAGUCAGGCAAUAGACUCAUUGACUUUAACAUCGAAGCUUUAGAUGAACCAAACAGAGACUACUUACACAAACAUUUCGGUAAGGUUUUCAUGAGACUCUUAGAGAAAAUUAAAAUAAACUCACAACAGAGAUGGAUGGUAUGUUAUAAACUUGGUGGAAAGUAUGAAUGUUCUACGUUAAACCUCAAUAAUAUUGGAACAUUACUACAUCAGCUCUUGAAGGAGAACUUUAUAUCAGAGAUAGAAGCAAAUGCUGCAGGUAUUGUUGAAAUGCACUAUGACUUCUUCUUGACAAACAUAAAGAAUCUUACUGAAAUAAAGAUGUAUGAUUUAACAGAAUAUGAAGGCUUAACGAUGUCAGAUGUAAAGAAAGGCAAACCAAAAAAGAGACCAUAUAGAGAUGAAAGCACACUGA